AUGCAGAGGGCACCGCAUGUGGGAAUAGUCGGGGCAGGCGUAGCGGGCUUGAGGUGUGCAGAUAUUCUUAUAAACCGCGGCUUUCGAGUAACUAUUCUUGAAGCCAGAGACCGAAUUGGUGGUCGUAUCUGUCAAAGUGAUCUUGGCGGGUUCGAGGUGGAUGUGGGACCAAACUGGAUACAUGGGACCCAAAACAAUCCCAUUGUUGAUCUCAGUAACAGUUCAAAAACCAUUACUCAUGCCUGGGAUGGUUUGCCCCAUGUUAUUGAUACUACUGGAGAGCCCCUAGAUCACAACAUCGGAACAAAACUUUCAGAAUUUAUAUGGAAGAUUAUAGAAGAUGCGUACGAUUACAGUCGAGUCAAUAAAGACAGUAUCUCAGCCAACGAAAGUCUCUUUGACUUUAUCAAGGAACGGCUAGAAGAAACUGAGUUUAGUCAGUAUGAAAAGGAAAAAUGCAUUGAGCUGUCGAAGCUAUGGGGUUCAUACAUCGGGUCCCCAAUAGACAGGCAGAGUUUAAGAUUUUUCUUCCUCGAAGAGUGUUUAGAAGGGACCAAUCUUUUCGUGGCAGACACGUAUAAAAAAAUCAUGAACGCAAUCGCUGCACCUGCGCUCGAACGUGCUGAGAUCCAUUUCAAUGACCCCGUGGUUAAAAUCGAAGCAGAACAGCGAGUUUCUGAGACUAAACACCAAGUCCUGGCUUUAACUUUAACCGGGUCACAAUAUACCUUUGAUGAACUUGUCACCACCUUCCCCUUGGGCUGGUUGAAACAAAACAAGUCCGUUUUUCAACCAGCACUGCCAGCUCGUCUCUCUCUAGCCAUUGACAAUAUUUCAUACGGCCAGCUAGAAAAGGUCUAUGUCCAUUUCCCCUCCGCUUUCUGGGAACAUAAACCCAACGCAACGCCCAUCACUCGUACAAAGCACUCCUUACCGGCCCCCCAGCAAAACUCCCAAGGCCAGCCCCCUAAGAUAUCUCCAUUUACCGAAUUUCUCUCCCCCACCUACGUCAAUCACCCAGACUCCCCUUUUUGGAACCAAGAAUGCGUCUCUCUUUCUGCACUUCCUGCCCCCUACGCCCAUCCCACCCUUCUAUUCUACCUAUACGGCGCUUCCGCCAACUGCCUCAUCUCCCAAAUAUCCCCCCUAUCCCCAACCUCAAAGGAAUAUCACGAUAUCCUCAACAACUUCUUCCAACCAUUCUACUCCCGUCUACCGGGCUAUGACGCCUCAUCGCCUAAUUGCCGCCCAACAGCCAUCCUGGCCACGCAGUGGCAAACCGACCCCUGGUCGGGCAACGGCAGCUACUCGAAUUUCCAGGUGGGGCUCGUGGAAGGGGAUCGCGAUAUUGAAAUUAUGCGCGAGGGAAUGGGUGUUGACCGGGGUGUGUGGUUUGCAGGCGAGCAUACAGCGCCGUUUGUCGGGUUGGGGACGACUUCUGGUGCCUAUUGGAGCGGGGAGGCGGUUGCGGGGAGGAUUUGUGAGUUUCUGGCUGGAGCGGGUGGGGAGGUGUGA